GUCGUUCAGCGCAGCCACCGUGAAGUCUGUCGCUUGAAAGCCCACGCGUUCAGCUCGCGUCAAGUACCGACCUUCUUAGAUUGUUACAGGUGUUCACAUCUGGAUAGCAAACCUGACAUCUACAGCUCUCCAUAAAGGUACGUUUGAAUAAUAGGUCAAACUUUUAACAUUAUUGAGAUUCGGGUUUUCUCGUGCUUUGUUCGUCUUCUUCACGUUACUAUUUAUAGACGUCCUAUCACGUGGCCUGCAAAUCAUCAAAAAAAGAAGGUGGUCGCAAUGUUCCACUGUUUGGCCAUAGUUUUGAAUGACAUCAAUAGAGACUUUAAUCUUGUCACCAUAGGUUUUCAUGUCAUCAUAGAGUUUUCCUUAUCAUCAUUAAAUUUUAUUUAUAAGCACCGUAAGUGGUAUACUAUGUCAUUAAAAUAUGUUAUAUUUCAGUAUCAUAUAUUAUUAUAUUAUAUUAUAUUAUAUUAUAUUAUAUUAUAUUAUAUUACAUUACAUUAUAUUAUAUUAUACUAGAUAUAGCCCGCCAAACAUUGGCGACAGCAAUGCGUGAACUUCCCAUCUACUAAAGUUACUUGUCAUGAACAUGAACUCAAGUAACGCACAUUUAAGAAUCCAAAGUUUUUGCUACACCCCCGCCCUCCCCCCCCAUGAUACGCCCCUGCACACUUUGACUUGAUUUCACGCCCAUGAACCCUAUUAAAUAUUCGGAUGUCCCAACAACUUUUAAACCGAAUAUUUUUUACACCAUACUUCAAUUGAGACCAUUUCACUUUCCGAAAAGAAAAUAUUAAGCACCAAACGCAGUUGCCUUAUUAAAAAAAAAUCAUAUAUUAUUUAGCGUAGUCAUCGGGAAUUAUAUUUUACGCUCUAUCGAACUCAUUAUUGAAUCAUACUUUAUUUCAAACAUUUAGAAUUAUUUUUAAUAUACUCUCAAUAUCAAAUUCGCUGAUUAGGAAGCAAGCAGUCUAUUAGGAAGCAGUCCACGAGUCACACCAAAAGAGGAAUAUAUAUAUAUAUACAUAUAUAUGUAGCCGAGUGGUGACGUAGCUUACAGUUUAAAUAAAAUCACCAUAAAACAAUCAGGUCUGAGAACUAUAGCUUUUUUAAUGUAAGGUUCAAUCCGUUGACAGAGCCGACAGGAAAAUCUCUCACACCUGCCGCCGACCCGACGCACCCGUUCCACACCACAAUCUCAAAAAGAUGUACACACCUCAAGUCGCAGUUCACCCCCCUCCCCCCACAGUCACAGGGAACCCGCGUCCAGAGCUGACCAUGGGUCAACCCCGGGGCAGGGAUGGUUAUACCCGCGUGUAAAUAACCAACAUAAAAUUUAAGGCCAGUACACGGCUGAGUGUUACGUUAAAUGACAAUGGAUGUGUACGUGCUGGAGUUACCCACAGCAGACACACUAUGACUAUGAGAGUGGAUUCUCUUAUUCCUAUCUGUUCCAUACUGACGCAUAUAAAAUCUGUUACCUAAAACUACUAAAAGCAGUUGCAAAUAGUGGCACAUUGCCAUAUAUAUAUACAUAUAUAUACACACACAUAUAUACACACACACAUAUAUAUAUAAAAGAGAUAACAGAUGAUAUACCUUAUAAAAAAAUAACACAUCACAUAGGAAUACCCUAUCCUCUAUCAAAGGGUAAAUGUUAGAGAAGCUCCGUCUGAACGUUGAAUUACAAUGUUUAAUUCUGCCCUGUCAGGGGCGUGCGAAAUGGGGAGUGUAAAGAGGCCGAUACUAGAGACCGACCGAAAGUGAUUUUCUGAUUUCGGCCGAAGCCGAAAAUAGGCCGAAAGAUUAAAAUGACUUUCGGCCGAAACCGAAAAAAUGCCGAAAGUUUAAAUAUGACUUUCGGCCGAAACCGAAAAAAGGCCGAAAGUUAAAAAUGAAUUUCGGCCGAAACCGAAGCCGAAACCGAAAAUGAAAUAUUAAGAUAUUUUGAAAUUCGUUCCCGCAUACAUUCUGCAUACAUCGAAAAUGAUGUGGGAAAGUAUAAAUAUUUACAUUCUUUUUAUAAAAAAUGAGAUAAUCGUGAAUAUUAAUAAAUAAACAUCUAAUAUAGGGGUCUCAAACUCGCGGCCCGCGAGCCAUUUGUGACCCGCAAGACGAUAUUUUGCGGCCCGCUACAUCACAGAAAAGUUUAGUGUAAAUGCGCCGGCCCGUUUCCCCCAUUCUCAUAUCUAUAACGUGACUCUCCGCGACGGUUUCAGUCGAAUCUCACCGACUAGUCUAAUUCUGAUUUUUUUUUUUGUAAUGUUUCUAUAUAUUUUUGAAUGCAACAGUGAGUAGGUGGAUGAAAGUGAAUCCUAGUUCUUGAGAACCCUUAAUGAUUUUAUUGUUAUUUAUAAAGGUUGAGCAGAUUGUAACAGUUGUAAUCGCUUUUUGUGGAUUUCUUGAUGCGGCCCAGGCUCAUUCAGACACUACCUCCUGCGGCCCCCCUGAUGAUUUGAGUUUGAGACCCUUGAUCUAAUGAAUACUUUGGAUUUUACCAUUUUAAUAUAAAAGUAAUUUAAAUUGCUUUACAAUUUUUUUUAAAUUGGUAUGGUAAGAGAAAAUUUGGCCAAAAAAAUGGAGGGGGGGGGGCAAAAUUAAUGAAAAAUACUAUUUUUUUAAACCGGGUCUCUAAAAAUUGUUGUUCUGAUAUGGUUCUAAAAGAUCGCUUAAUUGGUUCUGAAAGGUCGCUUUAUUUGUUUUUAAAGAUGGUUUAGUUUUUUGUUAAAGAUCGUUAGUUGCUUGCUAUUGAUCGGUUAGUUUGUUCUUAAAGAUCGUGAGUUUGUUCUUAAAGAUCACUUAGUUUUUUGUUAAAGUUCGUCCAGUUUUUGUUAAUGAUCGCUUUAUUUUUUCUUAAAAAUUGGUUAGUUUGUUCAUAAAGAUCGCCUGGUUUGUUGUUAAAGAUCCUUUAGUUUUUUCUUAAAGAUCGCUUAGUUUAUUGUUAAAGAUCGUCCCGUUUUUGUUAAUGAUCGCUUUAAUUGUUCUUAAAGAUCGUUUAGUUUGUUCAUAAAAUUUGCUUAGUUUGUUGUUAAAGAUCGCUUAGUUUGUUCAUAAAGAUCCCAUAGUUUGUUGUUAAAGAUAAUUGAUUUUUUCCUUAAGAUCAAUUAGUUUGUUCUUUAAGAUCUUUUAGUUUGUUCCUAAAGAGCAUUUAGUUUUCUGUUAAAGAUCGCUUAGUUUAUUCUUAUAAAUCAUUUAGUUUACUAUUAAAGAUCAUUUGUUUUGUUCUUAAAGAUAAUUUAGUUCGGUCUUAAAAAUCGUUUAUUUUGUUCUUUAAGAUCGUUUAGUUUGUUAUUAAAGAUCGCUUAGAUUGUUCUUAAAGAUCGCUUAGUUUGUUUUAAAGAUCGUUUAGUUUGUUCUUAAAUGUCGCUUAGUUUGCCUCAUUUUCUGUCUCAGGUUGAUCCUGUAGUAUAGGCCAAAACGUGCCAAAGUGUCCUCGUUUUAUAGCCAUUUUAAUUGUUUCUAUGGUAAAGUAGUUACUAUCCUAGUGUCUCUUUUUUAUUUUAUUUAGUUUACAUGUUUUUAAUAAUUGUAAAGCGCUUAGAGCUUUAAGGUAAGUGCUAUAUAAAAAUGCCUAAAUAAAUAAAAUAAAUAAAUAUUGCUUUCACUGAGUAUUAGAUGACCAAAAACCUGAGUCACUUUCGGCCGGAUGGCCGAAACUUUCGGCCGGAUGGCCGAAAGUCUAAGUCAAUUUCGGCCGAAACCGAAGAAAAACCGAAAGUUAAAUUUUGUCUUUCGGCCGAAACCGAAAUUAAGCCGAAAGUUAACUUUUCAGUUUCGGCCGAAACCGAAACUUGGCCGAAAGUGAUAAAAUGGCCACUUUCGGUGCCGAAACCGAAGCCGAAAUUCGGUCGGCCUCUAGCCGAUACAGAGGGGGGUGGUGAAGGGGGCGACUCUAGGGGAGAGCGUGAAGGGGCCGACACAAGGGGGGCAGAGUGAAGGGGCCGACACAAGGGGGUGGGAAGGGGCUGACGCAAGGGGCACCAAAAUCGUAAAUUUUCCUUACAUAUACGACUGGUUCAUAAUAUCAUUUAUUCAUGAAAUGAGGGAGGGGGCCCAGCGCGGGUGCAUUUUGUCCCCGACACGGUACUGCACUGUAACACAUCCCUUCCCACCGCCCACUACGGUACUUUCAAAACCAACACAACAUUCAUAUUAGAUCAAGCUAAUUGCCGGAACACUAAUGUGUUUAUGAACUAAAAUCACAUUCUGUAAUGCAACAUUAACAUAUACAUUUAUGAAGAAUUAAACAUACUUAGGCUCAUGUUAUAUUUUAAUCCCAGUCCUACACUUUCCCUGAUCAAGAUAACAUUUCAUCUCCGACAUCAACCCUAACAUUUAAGAUAAGGUCAAGUUUUUAAUUAAAUUAUUAAAAAAAACAAAUCUCCACUUUUGUAUCGUCUCGAAUUUCAGAUACCCACGGUACUUCUCCUUUAAACGAUGGGCAAAGACCAGACAUUGCUACUGUGUUUGACCUUAAUAUUGACAGCCCAACUGGGUCAAGGUGAAAAGGUUGUUUUAUUCCCGGCCCCGGCCGCAAGCUACGUCAUCUACCACACUAACAUAGCAAAGGCGUUAAUGGACCUUGGUCACCAUGUGUGGAUCUGUAUACCCGACUAUUUAUCAGAGAGAGUCAUUGCCAAGGACAUUCCAGUGAAUGUGAUCCGAUACGGUAAGAAGAUGGGGAACUUUGAAGACAACCUUCUUAAAAACACCCGAAUGGUCGAAGCGUAUUGGGAGGGCGAGGCCAACAGCAUACUGAGCUUCAUACCGCUUAUGAAGGAGGUCAAGAAAUUCACCCGCGGCGUCCUGUCGGAUGCGGAGUUCAUCGAAACCUUAGGAGACCUAAAGCCGGAUCUGAUGGUGUUUGAUGGCGGGGCCUUAUUCAAAGACGUACUGGUGAUUGCUUACAAAUACGACAUACCGUUCGCUUUCAUAGGGACCAUGCACGACAUGGUGCUGGCCCGGGUGCCUUUCAGUCCCGCCGCGGAACCUUUUCCGUUCGGGCACGAUAGCAACAAAAUGUCAUUUCUGUCGAGAGUGAGAAACACCCUAAUCGCGCUGGCUAUGGUGAGCUUUGAUUUGUUCUCUGAAGAUAUCUUAAGCACGUUCGCCCCGGAGAAGCCAUAUUUGUCACCGUCAGAGCUCGCGCUCAGAGCGGAGGUCUUCAUCGCUGAGAUCGAUCACGUCCUCGACUAUCCAAGACCUACGCUGCCCAACACCAAACUCAUUGGUGGUUCUUCCGCGAGUGAUCCCAAACCUCUGAAAGAAGACUUUAAAGCUUUUGUUGAUGCCUCCACCCAUGGGAUCGCUGUGGUGUCCUUUGGUAGCAAUGAAUUUCCUAUACCAGAGGCCAUUUUAUUAAAACUGGCGUCUGCCUUUCAACGCCUGGAUCUCAACACGGUGUGGAGGGCAAACCUGACUUCUCCAGAUCCUAAAAAAAUCAUGACCAGCAAUUGGAUACCUCAAAAUGACCUCCUGGGUCAACCAAAUACCAAAGUGUUUGUAUCACACUGUGGUAAGAAUGGACAGUACGAAGCCCUGUAUCACGCCGUGCCUAUUCUUUGUCUCCCCAUCUUUGGAGACCAGUUUUACAACCUUGAGAGGAUACGUUUGAAAGGUUUUGGACUUGGGGCAGACAUGAGGGAAGUCUCAUCCGAGGAGCUUGCUGACCUGAUAAAAGAAGUCACCUACCAACCCAAAUACAAAACAAACAUUCAGCGGGCGUCCACAUUAUUCAAAGAACUCUACAAAGUCCCCAUGAAGGAAGCCGCCUACUGGCUUGAUCACGUGAUGAAAUACGGAGGAGAGUACAUGAGGUCAUCUGGUCAAGAAAUGCCACUGUAUCAAUUUCUUCUCAUUGACGUGAUGGCUUUCCUAUUUGGGGUCCUCCUUGGUGUAAUAAUAUUUAUGUGUCUCGUUAUUAGGUUUUUAUGCACAUGUCUUUCUAGGAGCAAGAAAUCUAAAACCAAAACGGCCUAGUCUUACAUUGCUACUCCUACAUGUUACACGUUAGUUGAGACCAGAGCUUUCCAACCGGUGUGCCGUGGCCAAAUUCCUCCAAAAGAGAUGAAAAAAAACUCGAGGAAAACGAUUGAUAUGUGUUGCAACAAAGGAACAAUUAUUGGCUUAUUCACAAGCUGUAAAUGGUUUGAAGUCAAAUGGCACACCACAUAUAGGCCUACUGGGUUAAAUACAAAGGUCGUCCAACUCUUUUUAUCCAUACCCCC